AUGGAUCUGACAGAGUUGGGUGGCUCAGCCGUGGCGGUCGCGAACGAGCCCAAGAUCCGUUGGACGAUGUUCGUGGAGGCAGAAGUCGUCCUGAUCUGCAGAAAGGUACCCAAAGAAGUAUUAGACGCUGUGGGAUUUUUUGAAUGGAAUCGGUUUUGCGACCGAUUGGAUAAGGGUUUGAAGCCAUUACGGAAGCUUAAUUUCUUCAACAAAAAGAAUGAAUGCUGUGGCCAAUCAGAAGAAAACUCGGCCAAGGCCACAGCACUGGAAGCCAUUCAAGUGACAUGUGACAAGUUAUCGCAGCGCUAUCCUUAUCUACAAUUCUCUCUCUUCUUCCCGUUCCAUUCUCGCUUGACCGAAAACUGGCAUAUUCAAGCAACCGCUACAGCAUUGCCAUCCAAUGCCGAAGCGGGUGCUCCUCUGCAACAGGAUAAUACUGAGACUGAGGAGACCGCUCGUUCAGAUACGGUCAGUGACGAAGGGGAAGCUUCCUUGCCCCUUCCCGUGUCCGACAGUGCCAGCGACGGAACCAGCACCAAUGACAGUAGAGCCACGGAACUUGACGACGAUCCAAAUAAUGACAAUCCAUUGGCACUACAGCCACAAAAACCUAUUUCCGAAAGGGCAUCCUUUCUACGAAGCUCUGGGCUGGGUGUCCUGGGCGUGGACUAUAUUGAACAUGAGUUGCAGCCCAGCGACACUCUCAAUGGCCUUUGUCUGGCUUACAACAUUGCACCGUCUCGAUUGAAACAUGCCAACCUCUUGAGUGGUGAGAAUGAUAGUCUAGUGUUAGCCCCCAAAAUCUUGGCAAUCCCCAUUACGGAUGGGUUCUACUCUCGUGUCCCGGACACGGAAUCGGAGGAUUACAAGUUGAAUGCUCUCAAGAGACAAGUACCCAAGAUAGGAACGAAGGAGGCCAAAGCCUACCUGGAAUUGUCAGAUUGGGUCUUGGAGGAUGCUUUGGCCAUGGCGAAAGAAGACAUUGAAUGGGAAAAGGGGAACAACGAUGAUCUGUUCUGA